GGCGGGGCGGCCGCGGGCCCGGCGCGCGCGAGCCUCAGUCUGCCCGGGGCCGGCGGGCGCGGCGCUGCCUCCUCCCGGGCGGCGGCGGGGAGGAGGCGGCCUGGGGGCGCGAGCCGAGCGGGUCUGACCUGCGGCCACUAUGGCCACCAGCGCCGUUCCCAGCGACAACCUCCCCACCUACAAGCUGGUGGUGGUGGGAGACGGGGGCGUGGGCAAGAGUGCCCUCACCAUCCAGUUUUUCCAGAAGAUCUUUGUGCCUGACUACGACCCCACCAUCGAAGACUCCUACCUGAAACACACAGAGAUUGACAAUCAGUGGGCCAUCUUGGAUGUGCUGGACACAGCGGGCCAGGAAGAGUUCAGCGCCAUGCGGGAGCAGUACAUGCGCACGGGUGAUGGCUUCCUCAUCGUCUUCUCCGUCACUGACAAGGCCAGCUUCGAGCACGUGGACCGCUUCCAUCAGCUCAUCCUGCGUGUCAAGGACAGGGAGUCCUUCCCCAUGAUCCUCGUGGCCAACAAGGUGGAUCUGAUGCACCUGAGGAAGAUCACGAGGGAGCAAGGGAAGGAGAUGGCGACCAAACACAGCAUUCCCUACAUCGAGACCAGCGCCAAGGACCCACCUCUGAAUGUGGACAAAGCCUUCCAUGACCUGGUCCGGGUCAUCAGGCAACAGAUUCCGGAAAAGAGCCAGAAGAAGAAGAAGAAAACCAAGUGGCGGGGGGACCGAGCCACCGGCACCCACAAACUACAGUGUGUGAUUUUGUGACAGGCCCGAGGCCCCGGGCACAGGGACCAGGAACUGGCCAGGCCUCAGGAGCCCGCGGCGGCUGGACCGCGCCGAGAACCUGGGGCUGGAAGGGGGAACAGGGGUGCGCGUGGCCUG